UUCAGGUAAUAGAACUGCUUUCACUUGAAGGAUAUGGCCAGACUGAACUGGUUCAGAAGUCACUCAGAAAAAAACCAUUCCAUUGCAGCAGUGUUGGAAAGAAAAGAGGACCUUCAAGUUUUCUUCAACUGUUUUGACAGACGGCACAUUAUGGAUUGAAGUGUGCUUUUAUUCAGAUAAGGUCUUGCUAUGAAUAGGUAUAUGAGUUUUCGUUCGUCUGGGAGACUGCGUCUGAACGGCUACCAGGUGGAGAGCGGAGGAUUGUCUGUGAAGGAGAGUAAGACGCUGGAGAAGACCAGGAAACCCCUCAGUCUGGAGGAGACCCAACUGGAGCUGCUGCUGCAGCAGAGCAGAACUUUCACCAGACAAGCCCCUGUCAGGUCUCGGACGUUCGAUGUGGACAGAAGUUUGGAGAGGACUUUAAGCAUCGGUUCACAAAGUAGUUUUAUAAAGCACAACAAAACAUUCCACARGCUGUUUCCUGACAUUCCAGAGACUGAAGACUUGCUACAUGCGUACAUCUGUGCCCUGCAGAAAGAGGUGCUCUACCACGGCAGGCUCUAUGUCACCAAGCAUCACGCGUGCUUCCACUCCUCAGUGUUGCUCAAGGACACCAAGUUAGUGGUCCCUGUGACCAGUGUGCAAAUUGUGAAGAAGCAGAACACUGCCCUGCUGGUGCCCAAUGCCCUGUCUAUCCGCACCACCGAGGGAGAGAAGUACCUGUUUGUGUCUUUGCGGAACCGAGAGGCGUGUUACAAGCUCCUGCGGUCCGUGUGUCCUCAACUGAAUGAUGGAAGUGCCAACAGCAGCCCUCUAUUCUCUUCUGCAGAGAAUAGUUUUGAUCAGGACAAGCUGGUGAACUCCAGUCAGUCCAGUCUAGACGACAGUUUUGACCAGCCGGACGGGUCAGACCCGAAGCUCUUCCUCGACUCACCCCCACCAAGACCAAACAAAGACCUAGUGCCUCAAGGGAGCAACUCCACCCCGAGGAGCAAAAACACACAGCAGAGAGACAGCGCCUCAGAGGACCUCUCAGCUAACCACCCACAAUGUGGCUCAUGGGUGUGGAGUGUGACACGGAACGCCUGCUCCCUUCUCAUCCAGAGAGACGCCAGCAGCCUCAACACUCUCCUCUUCAUCUACCUAAUACUGGUGGUACUGCUGCUGCUAUCGUCGGGGUACAUCGGCCUCCGCAUCGUGGCUCUGGAGGAACAGCUGACCUCUCUAGGUGCCCUCCCUGAAUUCUCCUCACAGAGUAUAAGGACACAUAACCCUGAUUGGCCGGAGGAGAUGUUGGAUGACUCAUGAGUGGAGGAUGUGACAAUAUGGCGCCAGUUGAAGAUCUAACAAUGAAAAAAGAGAACUGGAGCUCUCGUGUUGAAGAUAUACUGUCCUCUUCCUAGAAGAACUUGAAGGAAGAACUAGGAGACAUUUUGAUGGUGUUCUAGUGAUGGCCCGUCACCUCCCUGUAUGAUUUCAGAGACCGAUGGGUAUCUGAAAGGGCUAUAUUUAAGAGAGCUAGACCCAGGCCAGCCACGACUCGCAGCAAGCAGAGCCAAGCCAACACAGGACACACACACAYGAUCUGCUGUGUGCCUGACUUGAAACCAAAGCCAACUGGCUCAAACUGAGCACCAACUGAAGAGGGGAGGCGAUMGUCAACUCAAUCUGCUCUCGGAUCAGAUUGACAAGAAGCGAUUACUCAGAGAACUCUGGAAUGUGUGCUCGUUUCCAUCCUAUGUAUUCUCUUCAAGAGCAUGUGGUCUGUGCAGACGACCUGAUUCCAGCCUAGUCCUGGGUUUGCUUUUUUAACACCUUUAACACUAAGGUACAAGUGCUAUGCAAGGCCAAAGAUGCAGAGUGCACAGAGAUKACUUAUGACUCUUAUCUCCUACUAUGGUAUCACUUCAUCAGGGUGUUACAAGUCGAUCUGUAUUUAAUCUUUCACUACUAAGUCAUAUGCGGGUACUCUUGAAGGAUUCUUCUGGUAAUCGGCCAUAAUGAUAACAAUAAAUAUCUUCUCUUACACGGAUCAGCUAGCCGAGCAACCAUUUUGAUUUCCUCUCCUGACAGUCUCUUCCUCUCCUCUCUUUAAGAUCAGCAGUAUUAAUCCUGCCAUUGGCAUGAUUUAAACCUGUUUUAAUGAUCAAUGCUUUGGAGGCCACUCCCUUGAUUCUCACUGGAUGUAUGCAUCUUCAACGUGCCAAAAAGAGUACGAUCAGGUUGAACGUCGUCUCUUUUGUAGAGGUUCCAUUUUCUACUACUUCCCUCUUCUACUACUUUGAUCAUCAAAGUAGUUUUGGAUAUUCCAAACCAAUACUAUUGUCUUAUUCAGAUUUUAAUACAUCUGUUGAUGACUUCUGUACUGUUUUAGAAGGAACUGACCUGUGAAAAGCAAAGAAUCAAACCUAGUCGUUGACAGGCCUGUUGAGAACAAACACUUGUUCCUGCUGGUUCAGACGUUUCAGGACUGUUCAAGUAGCAACAUAUUGUAUGUUAUUGCAUGUGUCUGGAACAUCGGAUACUUGACUGAUAUAUUAUGCACACUCAUUUGAGUCACCUUUUUUGAGAGAACAACCAUAAAAGUGUAACUAUCAAGUGACGUUGUUAGUGAGGUCCUAAUUUUAAACAAAGCAAAAAAUAGGUGGUCCAGAAAAUGUAUUUCAAUAUGCAAUAAAGAUUAUCCAUGGGGGGGGAUUAGCAACCUGUAGGGAUUUUUUUUUUUUUUAUGGAGUCUGUUGUGGUGAGAAUUGUUUGUUUAAAAAAAAAAAAAAAAAGUGAGGCCAAAAUAAUGUCUCUGGUGAGCAAGCGAGGGCACUUUAAAAGUUGCUGAACCUGCCCAAAUCCAAAGACAUAACAUUUGACUGAGGUGGUGGGGAAGCAGGCGUUUUCAUUCUUUAGUUUAGUAAUUUGAUGGUGCUAAGACCUUAUGUUCUUCUCAGGGGUGGGUGCAACCUGCCGGUUUCAGGGUCACGGCACCACUCAGGGUUGGGGUUGUCACACACAUUGAGUUUGUCCUUGUCCACCACAGAGAUAAUGCUCAAUCCACUCUUCAUUGAGAAUCCCAUUGUACCGUUGCAAUAUAUCAGUCUGUGAUUUUUGUUUUAACUUGUUUUUUUCCCCUCUUGUUUUUCGACYGACAACUUGAAACAUAUCGACAAUCUAACAUCUGUCUGACUAGCUCAAUACUGGGUAYUCUGUGUUGACGGGACAUGAAGAGCGUUGAAGUGACGUCUGUUAUAUCCUGUUACGGUUGGGUAGUUGUAGUCAGAUGUUGGGCUAAAAGAUGUAUGCCUACAUGACAUAAAGCAGUACUGUCAGUCGCCGUCCUUCCCCACCAGUAGACAGCACAUGUAGUAUGUCUUCAAAUGGUCACAAUGCAAGAAUCUCAAUGAAGAUUUCAUUAUUGAAGCAUUAUUGAAGUGUUGUAAAUAAUUGUCAUUUUAUUCUAUUUGAUUACUGUAUUUAUUUGCAUUCUAUGUAAAUCAAAGUCUCUGUGAGAUUUUGCUUUGGUCUUGUUCAAAAAUAAAUCAACUGUUGCAAGAA